AUGAUGCGUUUGAUUGAUAGGUUGAAAUAUGUUUCCAUCUCCGAGAAGCAUGAGCUGUUUCUCAAGAAGCUUAGGUUAUGUUGCGUAGUGUUUGACUUCGUCGCUGAGCCUCAGCUAAAGGAGAAAGAGAUCAAAAGGCAAACACUUCUUGAAGUUGUGGACUACGUCAUCUCUUCAGAAUCAGUUAUUCAAGAAGCUACAAAGAUAGUUUCAACUAAUCUCUUUAGUAACCAACAAUGGACGAACAACAAAACUCCAAAAGCAGGAGACUUGGAAAAAGCAGAAGAAGGUUCUUUAAACCCUUCUUGGCCUCACUUGCAGAUUGGUAAACUAUAUCAUCAGCUAAUAAACCUUAUCAUCAGCUAUAAGACCAUAUCAGAGCACAUGAGUUCAUCUUUUAUGUCUCAGAAUGCUGUUAAUAACCCGGAAACACAUGGCCAGCAACUCCAUUGUGCAUUUCAAGAGUUUGAUCCAAGCAUAAAUAUUGCUCCUGAUUUCCAUGGCCAAAAACUCAGCCACUUGGAUAUAACUUCUCAGCUGGAUUACCAUCUCUCAGAAGUGCGCCAGGAAUUCAACAACAUCCCUUCCGUUAAGCUUGAUGUUUCCGACGAGUCUGAAUUCACUACUCCAUCAAGUGUCCGUGUGCCUCCUUCUGCCUUUUUGGGACCAAAGUGUGCACUAUGA